CAAAAAUAAUAAUUUUUACACCUGCCAAGCAUUCCUCACGCAUGCUUCCAUCGCCUUCCCAAUGACACUUUCCCAUCUCCCACCACACACACCGCUCCGGAUGGAAUCAACUCAACCAGAAAACUCUCCUCUUUUUUAUCAUGCUGAUCACCUCGUAAAAUGAUGUCGCUGAACAACGGCAGCCGCCUGAACGCGCCCCCCUCCAUGCUGCGCAACACCACCACCCCCCCUGUCCCCUCCUCCAUCUGGGGGCGCCUCCAGGAGGCCCUUUCCGGCCCCCCCACCACGGGGGGAAAUGAGCGGCGGACCUCCGACAAGGUGUGCAAACUCAUGGACAAAGUGGUCACCCUGUGCCAACAACCCAGGAUGCGUCUGAAGAACAGCCCCCCAUUUAUCCUGGACAUCAUCCCCGACACCUUCCAGCACCUGAAACUCAUCUGCCAGCGGCAUGACGAGCGGCCUACGGCGCGGGACGAGGAUUAUUUCAAUCUGUUCGUGGAUAAUCUGACGCGGAAAUGUAAGGAGACGAUUAAACUGUUCAAGGACGCCAAGGACGGGAUGUUCGAGGAGAAAUCGGCGGCGCGGCGGAAUCUCAAUAAGCUGUCGCUGGUGUUCUCGCAUAUGCUGGCCGAGCUGAAGGCGCUGUAUCCCAACGGGGAGUACGCGGGGGAUUCGUUCCGCAUUACGAAGGCGGACGCGGCGGAGUGGUGGAAAGCGACGUUCCAUGACAGAAUCAUCGUGUCGUGGACGUCCUUCCUGGCUAAACUGCACGUGCGCCAGCCCAUCUCCUCGCCGAUGGAGGCCGCGGCGCUGAAGAGCACCCUCGAUCUCACCGGCAACGACUGCGUGUCCAUUUUCGAGUUCGACAUUUUCACACGGCUGUUCCAGCCGUGGCCGACGCUGCUGAAGAACUGGCAGAUUCUGGCCGUCACGCAUCCGGGAUACGUGGCGUUUCUGACGUAUGACGAGGUGAAGGCGCGUCUGCAGCAGUUCAUCAACAAACCCGGCAGUUACGUGUUCCGGUUGAGCUGCACCCGCCUCGGGCAGUGGGCCAUCGGCUACGUCACCCAGGACGGCAGCAUCCUGCAGACGAUCCCGCAGAAUAAAUCCUUGUGCCAGGCGCUCCUCGACGGCGCCCGCGAACGCUUUUACCUGUAUCCGGACGGGCGGCACGUCAACGUGGACCUCUCGUGGGCGAUGGGCCCGGACACCGAGGACCACAUCCGCGUCACCCAAGAACAGUACGAACUGUACUGCGAGAUGGGCAGCACCUUCCAGUUAUGCAAGAUCUGCGCCGAACGCGACAAGGACGUGCGUCUGGAGCCCUGCGGCCAUCUCCUGUGCACGGCGUGUCUGCAGCACUGGCAGGACUCGGAGACGGCCGCCGCCACGCCCACCUGCCCCUUCUGCCGCGCCGAGAUCAAGGACACGGAGGCGGUGGUCGUGGAGCCCUUCCGCCCCGCGGGGGGUGUCGGCGGGUCGCCCCCGGGGGGUAAAAGUGAAGAAAAUGGGGCGCAGCGGCCGCUGGUGGACGUCGAGGACGAGUGGAGCGCCGCCGGGACCCCCGGCAGCUCGCCCCUGCUGGGGGCGCGGCGGCUGGGCGUGGUCAAUGGGCUGGCGCCGCCGGUGCCCCGCGCGGGGCGUCCCCGGCCCCCUCGCCCAAAUUGGCGCCGCGGCGCUGAAUUGUGCGAAUUUAUUCCGAUUUAUUCGCGGAUUUAUUCGGAAUGUUUCUGGAUUUAUUCGGAUUAUUCGCGGAUUUAUUCGUGGAUUUAUUCGCCGAUUUAUUUGCGGAUUUAUCCACAUUUUUGACCGGAUUGAUGGAUUUAUUCGCGAUUUUUCUUCAUUUUUGACCGGGUUGUGAUAUCGCCUUCGUCCACGACAAUUUUUGGCGGCCUUGUUUUGUUGGGAAAAAACGGGAUGACUAUUUUUAUGCGUUGCGGAAUGGAUUUUUCCCGACUUUGGAAUUUUCCCCAGUUUUCGUUGCGGAAUCCGAAUUUUCCUCCAAUUCCUGUGGGAAUUUGAAAAAUGAUGAAUUAUUAUUUUCCGUUGCGAAAUGGGAUGUUUGCGUGGAUUAUACGUCGACGGGAUUUUUUCGGAAUAAUUAUUGAUUUUCGUAUUGCGGGAUUUAUUGGCUGCUAUUUUUGUAUUUUUCUAUGUACGCGCGAUUUAUUACGGAUUUUUGGGGGAUUUUUCGGGAUGAUUUGUAAUUAAUUGCUUUGGUUUUCGCGAUGUUCCUAAUUUCACGCGCCGUGUUUCUUUUUGUUUCGUAUUUUUCGUGAUGAUGCUCCAGUGUUCUCUCUGGCUGACGCGCGCGCGGCGAUUCCGUUUAUUUUGUAAUUAAUUUGGCGUCAUAAUUAUACCGCUAAUAAAGUUCACAUCAGUUU